AUGACGGACCACCAGCCUUCCGCGCGAUCGUCCCGAACCACAGGGAAGCUGGCAGGGCUCGGGCCGAACAGUGUUUUCCGUUUUCGUUUUGUUUUCGUUUUCUUUCGUUCUGUCUUCGUUCCGCCUUCGCCGCGUAACGACAUUAAAAAGAAAAGGUCCACGGAAUUGUCAAGACACCGUGUAGCUCGAGCCCUGGAAGCUGGAAUGAACAUCCGGCUCUGGCACAAGAAGUCCGCGCCGGCCCUCCGAGCAUUUGUGUGGAUGUCGUUGCCGGUUCCUUCUCUGCGGAGUGUUGCAUGGCAGAGCUGCUGCAGCACGUCCCCGAGCAGCAGGCCUCGUCGUGCACUGAUCGAGCAGCUGGGCAGCGGCGACGCUCACCCGAUGACGGCCAGGUUCCUGACGGCGAAGCCUGUGCAGAGCUCCAGCGCACGCGGGAAGCGGACGCUGUUCUCCUAG